AUGUUCUUCUCCCAUCACUCUGUUUCUGCGACAUCUCUUCUUAACUUUCCCUUAACCAAAGUUGAUAUUAGAACCGCUGGCUCAAGAGGCUCAUCCGAUGCUGCAUCAACUUCGAAGCGCAACGCUAUCACGAAUGUCUUCAUUACCAGCUUGGACUAUUAUCAGUAUGUCAUGGAUGUCGGUGUCGGGGACCCCCCAACAUACUAUUCUCUUGUGGUCGACACAGGCAGUUCCAUAACAUUUAUUGGGCGAAGCAAGCCGUACAACAAAACGUCUACCAGUAUUGCGACAGGCCAGAACAUAGAGGUGACAUAUGGUCUGGGAUAUCUGGCUGGACCAGAGUACUACGAUACGGUUACACUGACACCCGAUAUUGUCAUUACCAACCAGUCGAUCGGGGACGUGGUCGCCUCCACCGAUUGGCUUGGUGUAGAUGGUAUUUUAGGGGUCGGCCCAGUCAACCUGACCGUGGGGUCUCUGUCCCAAAAUAUCACGUCAAUCGUUCCUACUGUGAUGGACAACGCCCGACAACAGGGCUUGAUCCAGUCACAGAUUAUGAGUGUCUCGUUCGCUCCAGCAUCCAGUGUAAAUGACACAAACGGAGUGAUCACGUUUGGCGGUGUCAAUCCAUCAUUGUUCGUUGGAAAUAUUACAUAUGUCCCUGUCACAAGCACCUAUCCAGCAGGGUACUCUUGGGGAAUCAAUAUAACGAGUUGCUUUUACGGUGACACAACCAUUUUUUCGACCUCGACUGCUGGUACUGUCGACACUGGAAAUUCACUCGUAGCGCUUGCUGAUGAUUUUUUCGCCACAUACAUGGCUGCCAUUCCUGGUUCGUACUAUGACAACCAAACAUCCUUUAUUGUCAUCCCGUCAUCAUCAAUCGCAAACAUGCAACCCCUGAAUCUUAUGAUUGGUGGCGCUAUGUUUAUAAUGGACGUUUCUGCACAGCUUCUCCCAACUAACCAGGACUCUGCAUGGAGUGGAAAUCCUGGAGUACAGUAUGGUACGAUUGGUCCCUUGGGAUACCAAAGCGGUCAGGGCUUCGAUUUCAUUCUCGGUCAGAUGUUUCUAGAGAAAUAUUACGCUGUCUUUGAUGGCGAAAACCACCGUGUGGGUCUAGCAUAUACGUGA